AUGCGUCUUUUCACACCUUUCGCCAUUGCAGUGGCAUACUGCUUGACUUUGGUAACCUCUCAAGUAAUACCGAAGGCCUACUUCGUGGAACUCUUAAAAGAUGUCGAAGGAGAUAAGUCUGGUGUCAGCCCCGAAACCCUCUCAAAGCAAGCAGCCGAGGUUUCCAUAUCAAUGCAGGUACGAUUCAAGUUUAACGACAAAAGCUUAUUCUACGGAGUAUCGGUCUUCCUCACCGACGAUAACGACGCCGAGAAGCUGCGAUCUCUCCCAGGUGUCAAGGAUGUCAUACCGGUGGAACAACUUGCGCAUCCCCAACGACCCUUCGAGAAUGAUGUCCCAUCCACGGAACUCCAACCUAAAAAUCGCAAUUUCGACGGGAGGAAACCUCAAACGGGAUCCAUCCUCUCACCCAGAUCAGAGGUUGACUGGAACAACCCACAUGCUAUGACGGGCGUGGACCGCGUUCAUGCCAAGGGUAUCUUGGGUGAAGGCAUGCGUAUUUCUAUCAUUGACACCGGUAUCGACUGGAAGCACCCGGCUUUGGGUGGAUGUUUCGGCAAAGGUUGCAAAGUCGAGUUUGGGUAUGAUUUCGUUGGGGAUGAUUAUGGUGGAGAUUCUGGGUUCAUCCUUAACCCAAGCUCUGACCCGAGGCCUGGCUGUUACGACGGCUUUCACGGCACGCACGUCGCCGGCAUAAUUGGCAUGGAUGUGUCUUCAAACUCCUCGUUGUUUCCGGGGCUAAUUGGAGUUGCUCCUCGGGCAACCCUAGGUAUGUACCGUGUGUUCGGCUGUUCCGGAUUUGCGUCGGACGACGCCAUUAUGGCCGCCAUGCAGAUGUCGGUUGAAGAAGGCGCAGACGUAGUUAGCAUCUCGAUUGGAGAGUAUGGCAUGUGGUCCGGCUAUCCUCGUUCACCACUCCCGGGAGUAGCUGCUGCCUUGAAGGCAAAGGGUGUCGCUGUUAUUGCUGCUGCUGGAAACUCCGGAACCCUUGGAAUGUUUUCCAUCAAUCUGCCCGGCGGAUCGGAUGAUGCCCUUGGCGUUGCUUCGGUAGAGAACUCCAAGUUCCCAACCUAUCCGAUCCGCGACUCCAACGGUGCUGAGUUCCGUUACGGUGCUCUCUACCCUUUCCACGAAGGAGAAUAUCCAGUCGCAUGGGCUGGUGGGAAUACUACCAGCUACAAUUUUGGCUGCUCGGCCUCCGAUUAUCCUCCUGCCAGUAGCCUAUCCGAGCCUAUUUCCAAGUACAUUCUCGCCGUCAAAAGGGGCUACUCAUGUUCACCAACCCAAGUCCAGAGCCAUGCCUCUGCUGCGAAUUACACCCGGGUUAUCACCUACGUGGAUCGCACUGUCGAAGAUGUUUUCAUCAGGGGCCAUGCUGUUCCGACUCCUUCCCUAACCGCUGAUGGAUCUGUAUUCCCCAUGGGUAGCACCAUUGAUGAGACCUUGUCAAAAGUCGACAAGAGUAUUAGUUCCUAUAGAUUACUCGUUCAGUCUCAGACACCUCUUCUGGGGGACCAGCCUGGUGGAGGCUCCCCUAACAACUUUAGCAGUAUUGGUCCUAACGCAGAUUUUGCCUUCAAACCUGAUAUUUCAGCUCCUGGUGGCAUGAUCUUGGCUACUUUCCCACUCAUGGAAAAGAGCGGCGGCUUUGGGAUUAUCAGUGGGACAUCAAUGGCAACACCUUACAUAUCUGGUGUUUAUGCUCUGAUAAAGUCCCAAUAUCCUUCUUACACAGUGGAAGAGAUUUUCAGUCUCAUGCAAACAACAGCUACUCAAAUGAGCAUGGCUAACUUCGACAUAAUUUCACCUACCAUUCAGCAGGGAGCUGGUUUAGUUCAAGCCUACGACGCCAUUUUCUCCAAAUCUGUCAUUCAACCUGGAGAGUUCAAAGUAUUGGACGCUGAAGCAAUCACCUUCUCUAUUGACAACCCUUCGGACAGUGCUGUGACCUAUACUCUCACCAAUGUCCCCGCCAGCGGUGCGGUUUCUUUCGCAGAAGGUGGCAGAUCUGCCGAGGUUGGUUUUAUCGUUCAACCCUUUUCAGCCAAAGUUACCUUUACCGAGGGAGAGCGAGUUACGAUACAACCGGGAGGUUCGCAGAAUAUCACUUUCCAAGUUAGCCCCCCUACAAAUGUGGACGCCAAUGCUGUUCCCAUCUUUUCUGGAUUUAUCGAUGUCAAAUCCUCCAUCAAUGAGAGCUUCACCAUUCCAUACAUGGGACCCGCCUACAAUUACAGCAGCACACCUGUGAUUGGGCUGAAACCUAUCACCGAGGAGCAGAGAAUCAACGCCCUAACUCCCAAGCGCGACCCUCUUUCUGGCCCCCAAGUCUUCGGUAAUAACGAUAAGGCUGAUAUUGGUAACUACCGAUCCUUCAAGUUCCAGUAUCCCGAUUAUCCCGUGGCCUACUUCACGUCGCUUCAACCAGUACGCAAGUACCGUCUCGAUAUCGUCCGCGCAAGCACCAACUUCACACCAAACUGGUACGGGUUUGACCCGAGCGUGAAACUGCACAACCUUACCGAGACGAAAAUGGUGGAGAACGGUACUGUGGCAGGCGUUCCCAUCCUCGGCACAAUCGAGAUCAUGGAAGGGUGGCUUCCGCGAACCAACUAUCAGGCCAGUUGGUCUUACAGCAUAUUUGACAUCUCAGCUUCCAAAGGAUUGGGGUUGAAGAAAGGGUCGUAUCGUAUACUGUUGAGAUGGCUAAAGUUUUUCAAGGACGAGGAAGACCCUGAAUCUUGGGACAGUUGGAUGAGCGGCGUCAUUGAUGUGCUGGAGGACGUUUUUGAGCCAUCUCCACCUUGA